UUCAGCCAAGAGCGUCCAAAGAAACCAACCUACGGAAAACCAUGACGACUCUGCUUCGUCUGACUAUCCUCAUCGUGGCUGUUGCCGGCGUGCUCGGAAGCUCCAAAAGGGCGGCUAGGGCGGCUACGCCAGCUACGGCGGCUACACCGGCCACUCCGGCCACGGCGGCCACGCCAGCUACAGCGGCCACGCCGGCUACGGCGGCUACGCCCGCUACGGCGGCUACGCCAGCUAGAAAGGCUAGGGCGGCUACACCGGCUACACCGGCCACGCCGGCUACGGCGGCUACGCCCGCUGCGGCUGCUACGCCAGCUAGGAAGGCUAGGGCGGCUACGGCGGCUACACCGGCCACGCCGGCUACGGCGGCUACGCCAGCUAGGAAGGCUAGGGCGGCUACACCGGCCACGCCGGCUACGGCAGCUACGCCCGCUACGGCGGCUACGCCAGCUAGGAAGGCUAGGGCGGCUACACAGGCCACGCCGGCUACGGCAGCUACGCCCGCUACGGCGGCUACACCAGCGAGGAAGGCUAGGGCGGCUACACCGGCCACGCCGGCUACGGCGGCUACACCCGCUACGGCGGCUACGCCAGCUCGGAAGGCUAGGGCGGCUACACCGGCCACGCCGGCUACGGCGGCCACGCCCGCCACGGCAGCUACGGCGGCUGCGUAGCCGGCAAAUGCGACGGCUACGGCGGCUACGGGCUCGGAUACGGAAGCAGUCUGCGCCGUGGAGGAGUGUGCAGCAGAUACGGCGGGCUCGGAUUCUACGG